CGGCACCAACAUCUUGACAUAAUAUAAAAACCCAAAUUUGUUGCUGUAUCUGCAAUCGUCUCGCAGUGGUUUUGUAAGAAUCGAAGAGAGAGAGAGAGAUCCGUCUCUUACAGAUUCAUCUCUAGUAAGUGAUUUGGAUUCGACCGUUUGUUUCAUAUUCGUCAACAAUCUUUUCACAGCAAAUAAUGGGUUCCGAUCCGAAAGUUCACUUAUUCGAGGAAGUUGCUAAGCACAACAAAACCAAGGAUUGCUGGCUUAUUAUAUCUGGAAAGGUGUAUGAUGUAACCCCAUUCAUGGACGAUCAUCCUGGAGGUGAUGAAGUUCUGCUGUCAGCAACUGGGAAAGAUGCAACAAAUGAUUUUGAAGAUGUUGGCCACAGCGAUUCUGCUAGAGAUAUGAUGGAAAAGUAUUACAUUGGUGAGAUAGACACUUCGACGGUUCCCCUGAAACGCACCUACAUUCCACCCCAGCAAGCCCCUUACAACCCUGACAAAACCUCCGACUUUGUGAUCAAGAUUUUACAGUUCCUCGUACCUCUCUUGAUCUUGGGGUUGGCCUUUGCCGUGCGACACUAUACCAAAGAGAAGUAGUCAGCUAAAUUCUACCUUGCCACCACCCUCUUGCAGGGUCAGAUAGUUGUCUUUGUUACUUGGUUGAGUCGUUGGAAGAACAAUUCUUCCCCAUGUUUUAGUUUAUGGUGUUUGGGUGUGCAAAAUUGAACAUCAGUUAAGAGUCGAUCGAAGUUCUUGAGUGUUUCUUUCGCCAGUUACUGGACUGUUUUAUUUUGUUGAAUAAUAAUUAGAGUAUUGUUACUUCCCAA